AUGACCAAGCACAACCUGCNUGUGCAGGCCUACCUCGUCAACGGUGGCCUCGGCACGCGGUCAUCUGGCCGAGGCUGGGGCCAGGGUCGUGGUGGUGGCCGCGGCAGCAGCGGCGGACGCGGCAACGGCCGGGGCGGUAGCAGCAAAGGCGGAGGGGAUGGUGGAACGAAGGAGAGCAAGUCGGACAGUAGUGGGGGAACAGGGGCCGGCGGUCGCGGCGGUGGGAAAAGCGAGAUUCCUUUCCGGUGCUUCACGUGCGGUCUCAAGGGGCACAAGUCGUUCCAAUGCGAGACCAAGGAGAGCGACUACAACCCGCAAUGUGAGCACUGCCUAGGGUGGGGCCACAAGAAGGAGAAGUGUCCUACGGAGGCGGCGGUGCUUGCCGAGGUGGCGAGUGUGGUCGUACCGUUGAUCUNCCAUGUGCCAGGAAUGGACUUGAACCUUAUCUCGCUCACUUCGUUGACCGAGGAAGGCCACACGUACGCUGGAAAACCGGGGGGGCUAGUGCUAACCACGAAAGCAGGGAAGGAAGUGUGGUUCCCCCAACUCGGAAAAUUGCUCUCUCUGUGGGGCUAUCAAACCGAGCCCGAGGUAGACACCGCCUGUGCCGCUAUUAUUGUUCCUGGCGAAGCGAAAGCCGCCACCCCCACUGACCUCAACGAAUUCCACAACUCGCACGGCCACGCUCACGAGAGGUUGCUGAGGCUCACGGCGAAGCAGCAGGGAGUGGAGCUGACGGGAGGGCCGCUCCUGAGCUGCACCGGCUGCUCUAUGGCUAAGGGGCAGGUGAAAGCCGUUCAGAGAUUCACGGACACACGCGCAGUUAAGAAACUGUUUCGAGUUUUUAUCGACCUGGGGGGGCGGAUGCAGUUCCAUAGCAUCGGGGGCAGAUGGUACACCCUCAUCAUCAGAUGCGAUGCCACCCGUUGGACGCGCGUGUUUUUUCUGAAACGCAAGUCUGAAGCAGCCGACGCACUCGAGCAAUUUAUCGCGGAUUACCGGUCGGAGGGUACUCCGUGUGAGGUGUACGUUGUGCGUUCAGACAACGAAUUCCAGGGGCAGUUUUCGAAGACUUGCCGGAAGUGGGGUAUCAAGCAAGAGAAGACCCCCCCGCACACCCCCAAGUACAACGGUGUUGCGGAAAGAUGGCUAGGCAUCAUUAGUGAUGCCGCACUAGCGUCACGCAUUCAAGCUAAGGAGAUGUUCCCUGACGCGCCAACUGACCCGGCCUUGUGGGCUGAGGCGAUCGCAUGUGCAUGCCAUCAACUGAACUGCACCGCCACCACCGCCAACCCCGGGGACAAAUCUCCGUAUGAGAUGUUCCACGGGAAACCGCCCCCGGCCGGGUCGGUGUACCCGUUCCUCAAACCGGCGGUUGAGGACACGUCGAGUCGAGGUGGAGGGGGGGAAGAGGACUUGGCGAGUGAGUCCGACCUCGACAUGACGGAGAUCCGUGGGCCGGGGCGUGCGACACUGCCGGCGCGCGAGAAUGCGCCGGCGGUACCCGGCAACGGGAUCCAGGGGGACGAAGGUAGUGCUCCCCCGUCGCCCCAUUUGGGAGGGGGCGAUUUUGGUGGCGGCGAUGGCAUCCCCACCAGCAGCAGCAGCAGCAGCGACAGCAGCAGCAGCAGUAACAGCAGCAUUAGCAGCAGCAGCAGCAGCAGCAGCAACAGCGACACCAGCGGCGGCGGCGGUGAACCCGAAGACUCCGGCGGAGAGGCCGGGGGAGCUGGGGGCUCCGACGUCGACGGCGAGGAUAGCGGCGGCAGCGACGACGGCGAGUACAAAUACGACCCCGCCGAUACCCGCUACCCCCCCGGGACGCAGGGAAAGAAACUUCUCUGGGGCGCCUCGAAGGAGGGCCCACUGCGCUACGGGCUGCAGCGCGGUCGCACCCGGAAGCAGACACGGGAGCUAGCGGAGGCCGAGAGGACCGCCGAGGGUGCCGCCGAGGAGGCCGCCGAGGAGGCCUUGCUGUCAACAGUCCUGGAGGUGGAGGGAGGCAAGGAGCUCGUCGCUGAGUAUCUCCAACGGUCGUUGGUGGAGGAGCGCCAGAUGGAGGAAAUGGCCCUACAGGCUGAAAUUGAAGAGAUGAUGCUGCAGUCGGACGUGCCGGUGGAACGUCCUUUCAACAUCGACUGCAGCAACCCUGAGCUAAGUAUCCCCUCGCCAAUCGGGCAGAAACCUAACGAUGUAGAGGCUCUGCCGUUGACGUACGAGGACGUGAAAUGGUCUAAGUACAGGAAGCAGUGGGACGAGGCAAUCAAGAAGGAGAUGGACGGGCAUGAGAAAACAGGGACGUUCUCUAAAAUCGAGAAGCUCCCUGAAGGUCGGAAGGCAGUCAGUACGAAGUGGGUGUUCGAUUACAAGACUGAUGAGAAGGGGUUGAUUACCGACUUCAAGGCCCGUCUGGUUGCUCGUGGUUUUUCCCAAGUCCACGGACAGGACUACCACCACUCUUCAUCAGCGUGCCCAGCCGUUUCAUCGAUUAAGCUCGCGAUGGCCUUUGCCACAGAGGGCGGCCUACCCACACGCCAUUUCGACAUUAAGCAGGCGUACACGCACGCAAAGAUCCAGGAAGAACUCUAUGUGCGGAUUGCCGAUGGUAGUGGUGCCAUGGCUGGAAAGGUGCUCAAGGUAGAACGGGCACUGUAUGGUCUGAAGCAGAGUGGGCGUGAGUGGGGUUUUGAGGCUGCUAAUAUCCUGGUGGAUAGCGGGUACGAGCAGUGCAGGGCUGACCCGUGUGUGUUCCGUAAGAUCGUGGAUGGGAAGGUAGUGAGCAUCAUCGUGAUCUACGUGGACGACAUCAUGUACGUAGGGUCGGAAGAAGAGGGCGAGGAGUUGCUCACUUCCCUGCGUAAGACACUUCCUGUGAAGGAUUUGGGGGAGUGCACCUGGUACGAUGGAUGUGCGAUUGAAAGGGAUUUGGAGUUGGGAACGACCACACUGUCCCAGAAAGCGUACAUUGCAGGACUGAUGGACCGUUUUGGGAUCACGACGACCGCAUCCACCCCCGCUGACCCCAAUGCCGAACUAGGGCCGAAGAGAGAUGACGAGCCCGGGGUGGAUAAGCCAGUGAGGCAGGCGAUCGGAUGUCUGAUGUGGCCUGCGACAUUUACGAGGCCGGACAUCGCCACCGCUCUGAACGCAGUGCAACGGAACGCUCAUGCGCCCACCAUGCGAGACUGGAAGGCGCUCGUGCAGAUCCUGAGCUAUCUCAACGCCACGAUGGACCUCGGCAUCACCUACGUUCGGGGUUCGGGGCUAGACCUAGAGGUGUAUGUUGAUGCCAGCUACGCCGACAGGGACACCGGCAGGCGUUCGGUGACGGGAAUAGCCGUAACUGUUGGUGGUACCGUGGUCAGCCACGCUAGCAAGACGCAGCGUAUCGUGUCUCUGUCGACCUCGGAGGCUGAGUACAUUGCAGCCGGGGAAGGCGUGAAAGAAGCCUUGUUUGUGCGUGCGGUGCUGUCUUUCAUAGCGCCUGAGACGAGUGGGGCGAAGAUCAAGGUCCUUGAGGACAACCAGGGGGCGAUAUCGUUGGUGCAGAACCCCUUUAGCUCGGCGAGGAGCAAGCACAUCGACGUGCGGUUCCAUUUCAUUCGAGAGCUGUUCAAGUCGGGCAGAAUCUCCGUCGAGUACAUCCCGACUGACGAGCAGCACGCCGACCUUCUCACCAAGGCUCUUGGUAGGACCAAACUAGAAGACCACCGGAAUGCUUUGAUGAACAUCCCGGGGUAGUGGUCUAUUUUGUUUUGUUUUUUUGUUUAGCACUGGACUUUAUGAUCAUGGUACGUCACGCAGGAAGGAUUUACCGGCACGUCACUCGAGGUUGGAGCCUAGAAGCGCCCGUAGCGCUACCGAGAGAUGCGUAAUCCCCGUGCCCGGUACAAUUUGUCCUGCCUUGAUCUUGUCUUGGAAGUGCGGCCGUU